AUGGAUCUGCUUCCAGCCCAGGAGGCAGCUAAAAUCUACCACACCAACUAUGUGAGAAACUCCCGAGCCAUCGGCGUCAUGUGGGCCGUGUUCACCAUCUGCUUCGUCAUCAUCACCAUGGUGGUCUUCAUCCAGCCCUACUGGAUCGGGGACAGCGUCAACACCCCGCAAGCCGGGUACUUCGGCCUCUUCCACUACUGCAUCGGCAACGCGCUCACCUCGGAGCUCGUCUGCAGGGGCAGCGUGCUGGACUUCGCCUCCAUCCCCUCACCUGCCUUCAGGACCGCCAUGUUCUUCGUGGGGACCUCCAUGCUGCUGAUUGUGGCCACUAUGGUCUGCUUCGGCUUGUUUUUCUUCUGCAACGCCGGGAACGUCUACAAGAUCUGUGCGUGGAUGCAGCUGGCCUCAGCGGUGUUGAUGGUGAUGGGCUGCAUGAUCUACCCGGACGGCUGGGACUCUCCCGAGGUGAAGAGGAUGUGUGGCCAGAGGACGGAUAAGUACAGCCUGGGGAACUGCACGGUGCGCUGGUCCUACAUCCUGGCCAUCAUCAGCAUCCUGGACGCCCUCCUCCUGGCAUUUCUGUCCUUCACUCUCGGCAACCGUCAGGACAAACUGCUGCCGGAUGAGUUCGAGGUGCAGGGAGGAGCAGAAAACCCCUGAUGAAGAUGGACCUUCAGACGCAACGAACAAGCAUCCUGAA